GGUGACUUCCGGCAGGGAGGGCUGGCCCCUAGAGAGGGCGGGGAGAUGACACAGUUGUUCCCCAGCCCUGGCUGGCGGGCAGCAUGGUUCACUCCAGCAUGGGGGCUCCAGAAAUAAGAAUGUCUAAGCCCCUGGAGGCCGAGAAGCAAAGUCUGGACUCCCCAUCAGAGCACACAGACACUGAGAGAAAUGGACCCGACAUUAACCAUCAGAACCCCCAGAAUAAGGCUUCCCCAUUCUCUCUGUCCCCAACUGGCCCCAGCACUAAGGUGGGCAUUCUCUCUGGCCUCCACUUAACAUUCUGGGGUCCCGGACCCUGCCUCUCUCCUCCCCAGAUCAAGGCUGAAGACCCCAGUGGUGACUCAGCCCAGGCAGCACCCCCGCCCCCCCAGCCGACUCAGCCUCAUCUGCCCCAGGCCCAACUCAUGUUGACGGGCAGCCAGCUUGCUGGGCUCACUGCGCUGAUGCCUGCUCAGCAGCAGCUGCUCCUUCAGCAAGCCCAGGCCCAGCUGCUGGCUGCUGCCGUGCAGCAGUCUAGUGCCGCCGCCGCCAACGCCGCUGCCGCCGCAGCCGCUGCCUCCUCCACCUCCUCUGCCUCCUCUUCUGCCUCCUCCUCCGCCUCGCAGCCCCCAGCCUCCUCUGGGGGAGGCGACCUGCCACCAUCACAGCCUGCCAGCCAGCCCCCAGGGACCCCACAACUCACCUUGUCCCAACCCAUCCAGCUCACAGCACAGGACAUCCAGCAGCUCCUCCAGCUCCAACAGCUGGUGCUGGUCCCCGGCCACCACCUCCAGCCGCCCGCUCAGUUCCUGCUGCCACAGGCCCAGCAGAGUCAGCCAGGCCUGCUACCGACGCCAAAUCUAUUCCAGCUACCUCAGCAAACCCAGGGAGCUCUCCUGACCUCCCAGCCCCGGGCUGGACUUUCUACACAGCCCCCAAAAUGCUUGGAGCCGCCAUCCCACCCGGAGGAGCCUAGCGACCUGGAGGAACUGGAACAAUUCGCUCGCACCUUCAAGCAACGCCGCAUCAAGCUGGGCUUCACGCAGGGUGAUGUGGGCCUGGCCAUGGGUAAGCUCUAUGGCAACGACUUCAGCCAGACGACCAUUUCUCGUUUCGAGGCCCUUAACCUGAGCUUCAAGAAUAUGUGCAAACUCAAGCCCCUCCUGGAGAAGUGGCUCAAUGACGCAGAAACUAUGUCUGUGGACUCAAGCCUACCCAGCCCCAACCAGCUGAGCAGCCCCAGCCUGGGUUUCGACGGGCUGCCGGGGCGGAGACGCAAGAAGAGAACCAGCAUCGAGACGAAUGUCCGCUUCGCCUUAGAGAAGAGUUUUCUAGCGAACCAGAAGCCUACCUCAGAGGAGAUCCUGCUGAUCGCAGAGCAGCUGCACAUGGAGAAGGAAGUGAUCCGCGUCUGGUUCUGCAACCGGCGCCAGAAGGAGAAACGCAUCAACCCCUGCAGCGCCGCCCCCAUGCUGCCCAGCCCGGGAAAGCCGACCAGCUACAGCCCUCACCUGGUCACACCCCAAGGGGGCGCAGGGACCUUACCACUGUCCCAAGCUUCUAGCAGCCUGAGCACAACAGUUACUACCUUAUCCUCAGCUGUGGGGACGCUCCACCCCAGCCGGACAGCAGGAGGGGGUGGGGGUGGGGGCGUAGCCGCGCCCCCCCUCAAUUCCAUCCCCUCUGUCACUCCCCCACCCCCGGCCACCACCAACAGCACAAACCCAAGCCCUCAAGGCAGCCACUCAGCUAUCGGCUUGUCGGGCCUGAACCCCAGCACGGGAAGCACAAUGGUGGGGUUGAGCUCUGGGCUGAGUCCAGCCCUCAUGAGCAACAACCCUUUGGCCACUAUCCAAGCCCUGGCCUCUGGUGGAACCCUGCCCCUUACCAGCCUUGAUGGCAGCGGGAACCUGGUGCUGGGGGCAGCCGGUGCGGCCCCAGGGAGCCCCGGCCUAGUGACCUCGCCUCUCUUCUUGAAUCACGCUGGGCUACCCCUGCUCAGUGCCCCGCCAGGCGUGGGCCUGGUCUCAGCAGCGGCUGCAGCCGUGGCAGCCUCCAUCUCCAGCAAGUCUCCUGGGCUCUCCUCGUCUUCUUCGUCCUCAUCAUCCUCCACUUGCAGUGAAGUGGCAGCACAGACCCCUGGAGGCCCAGGGGGACCCGAGGCAGGGUCCAAGGCUGAGUGAGAGCCUGCCAUGCCUCCUCUCCUACUCCUCUCUCUCCCCCGACAUUGGUCCCCCACCCAAGAAGGGACGAGGAGGCUGGUGGGGGAUACAGUGGAUCCUGGGAGCAGGAGUGACAAAGGAGGAAAUACCAAAAAUCAACCAAAAAAAUUAAGAGAGAAAAGAAAAAGAAACCAACAAAAGAGAAAACCAAAAAUAUUCACAACAGAAACCAGCUGCCCUAAAGGAACCAGAGAUGAAAAAUAAACGAACAAAAAUGUCCCCAGACCAACCAAACAACCCCCCCCCCAAUCAAACAAACCAAAAACCAGUUGGAGCCAGAUCUUGGAGUGCUCACUGCUAUGACACCAAAUAAGAACCCUCAGCCAGGAGCGGAGCAGCCUCCAGCAGGUCGGACCUCAUGCCGCUGAGCCCUGGCUGUGGGGCUAACAACUCCUAACCUUACCCCCCGCUGGGGGUGGGCAAAGAAGGAACUAGAGAAUGUGCUGGCUUGCUGGCCCAGCCUCAGCCCUGGGCCAAUGGAGACAGGGCAUUGCCUGGGGCAGGAGGCCCAGGGCCCAGAGCCACCUGCCAAAUGGUCUUUUCCAGAAGGCAAGAGGAAGGACCGAACAACCUUACACCAAAUAUUCAGUAGCUUCACCCAAAGGAUGUACAGAAUUUUUAGCGUUGUGCUCAACAGAAUGUGUCCCUUCCGUGUGUUCCCCUGCCCCCCAGCUCUCCCUGACAGGGCAGGGGGUCUUGCUUUAAUCCUCCCAACCCCCAGCCUGGGGAGAGUUCAGAGGAAGGCCUGGGUAUUGGCUUUUUGUUCCCUGUACCUCUCCUCUCCCUUUAAAGGGUGAGCUAGGCCUUUUUAAAAUUUUUUUAAUUUAAUUUUAUUUUUUUUGCCAAGUUCCAGCUCUCCAAAGCCCCUCCUCAGCUCCAUCACCCUUUCUGUCUGGAGUCUUCCUCCUCCCCUGAUUGGGAAGGUGGCUGUUUCAAACAAAGGGUGAUGAGGUGAGAGCAUCCAAGUUGUCUUUCUUUCCAUCUUGUCUGUCAGUUUCCCUGAAAAAAAAAAAAAAAUCAUAUUCCAGUGCCUAUCCGUGGAAUCCUUCACGUUCUUUAACAUUAACCAGAAACCAAAAAGAUCAACUCACCUCACUCCGCCCACCCUAUGCCCUUUCUGACACUGGCAGAUACCUCUCCCUUCCCUCCCCCAAUGCACACACGCACACACCCCAGUUGUGGGCUCCUCCGGAUGGCAUCUCCACCAGGGUCCACAUGGUGGUGACAUUGCCAUGUCCUGUGGUUCCCCAUGCAAGAGGGCACUGUGGUGGCCACCACUCCCAUGAGACCUCCACGAGUCUUGGCUGGACCUUGUAUUUGCCUAUUCCUGGACAUAUCUCAACAGUGGACAGAGGAGAUGCUGCUGGGAGCCACCUUGUCCUCCUUCUAUCGUGGAGGUCAACAAAGUUUUGAACCAAAAAAAAGAACAAAACAACAAAAAACAAAAACAGAAAACCAAACAAACAAUAAAUUAAAACUAGAAAAAAGAAUUUAUAGAUAUAUAUAGAUAUAUAUAUAUAUGGGAAAGAAGACUAGGACUCUUCAAGACAAGAAGGAGCCGCAAGGUGGAGCCGAGCCCUGCACAGUGGUCCAGGCCUUUGGUCCCCAAGGCGGACGGAACGAUGGAUGCUUCUUUCUCUUCACAAAUACCUCAUGGACGUCGUCUUCGGAAAGCUGGAGGGGGAGGAACUGGGGGGCGGGCCUGUCCCUCAGCCAGGGUGGACAGAAGCGGGUGGGUGGGGCUGAGAGAGGGUGUCAGGGACGAGGGUGAAGAGCCCCAAGCUCCCUCCCUGCCUCCCCCCAAUCAACUGAAAAAGCUUUAAAAGAAAAAAAAAGGAAAGCAAAAAGAAUGGGUGAAGGAAAACCAACUGUUGGGUAGUUUGAUUCCCUCUUGGUCUCUGUUUCUGUUCUCUCUCUCUCUCUCUCUCUCUCUCUCUCUCUCUCUCUCCUUCCCCUUCCUCACUUUCUCUCCCUCCUUCCUCUCCCCUCUUCAUCAUUCUUCCGUCACAUCUCUUGAUAGCCUUCUUUCUGUAUCUCUCCUCAAACCAAAGUUGCUGUGAAGGACGCGAGCCAUUGAAAUCAGAGUGACCCCUGCCCCUGGCUGGGCAGGAGCAGAGGGAGGGAAGAGCUGGGUAAUGGCCCAGGGCUCCCAUUCCAUCCUAGACACUCUGAGGAGAGGCAGCCAGAGCCCCUAGGUCUCAGCGUUCUCUUUUCUUCUGGUCUCCCUUCUCCCACCCAGAAGCAAAACUGUCGGGCCGGGUUCCAGAGGUAGCAGAGACUCCAGACUAACUCGGGGCCUUGGGUGCCUUACCCAACCCUGGUGGAGUGGUUGCCCCCAACCAGGCACCAAUGGGGUUGGCACCUCGUCCACCUAUCCUUGCUGGAAUGUAAGCAACUCUGCUGAACCAACUCCCUGCCCUCACCCUACCUCUGAGUUUGUCCAUUAUACGUUCCUGAGAAGCGGCUAGCAAGAGGGCCUGGACCCCAGCCCACAGCUGGAGAAGGGGCCAAGGGCUCCUGACCGGAUAGGAAGACAUUUGAACAAAGCAGAAUGAAGGAGUUACAACCAACCAAACCAACCCCCAAAAAACCCUCUGAGAAGACAGGCAGCAUGGAAGGCAUGGUGGAGAUGACUCAAACAUAAACUAUGAUUCUAGACCAAAAAGAAAAAGAAAAAAGAAAAAAAAAGAGAAAAAUCCAGGAUUCACCACCCAAUUCAUCCUGCUUCCUCCCUAUCAAGUCCCUACCUGGGACCUCUCCCUACUCCAGUGUGGAGGAGUAGGGCAGAAAGAGAGCAGGAAGCAGGGGGCAGGGACGGGCAGAUGCCCUGACAUUGGUGGAGGGGACCCCCAUGCACUGGGGGUGGUGGGGACCCUCCCCAUCCAACCCCCACACUGGGAAAUGAAAAAGAAGGAAAAAAAUCCUGGGAGGGGGAAAAAUAACCAAAUCCCAAGCUUUAACUACAGCUGUGAAACCAAAUAUUGGGAAGGGAGUGGGAGGGUGGGAGGGAGGGAGGGGCAGGUGAGCCCCAGGUCUCCCCCCCCCUCCCCGGGACCCUUCCUCCGAGGACUCUAGAUAAGGCACCAAAUACCUCAGAACUUUAAUGUUAAAAAAAAAAAAAAAGAAACCAAAUAUCGUUGGCUGGGGGCCAGCCAGGGCAAGGGGCUGGGGGCUUGGAGGAGCUAGGUUUGGAAAGGUGGGGGGACUUCUAGUCCCUCCUACCCCCACCUGCCCCUUCCACUCCGUCACCCCAGCCUCGACUCCGGGAAACAAAACUAUCUCAUCGUUUUUAUUUUGUGGUCUGUACAGAGCCUGUGUCCGUGUGUCUGUGUGUGAGAGAGAUUGGAGGGCUAGGGCGCUUUAUAUGGGGUGGGGGAGGGAGACCCUGCACCAGCUUAGAUGUCAGAUGGUGGACCAGGGGCCUGGGCUGAGGGAGAGCUGAGUGGACUGGGGUGAAGGCAGUGUUCUGACUUUCCCUUCUCCCAGCCCUGACUUCCCUUAAGGGAGGAGCAGAGACUGGUCUGCCCCAACGGUGGACCAUUUGUGCCAAAAAUAAAUAAAUAAAUAAUGCCAGUAACGAAACCGCCUCUCUGUUCCCCUCUGGAGGGACAGGGUAGGGACAGAAGUGGGAGGAAGGGGCUGGAUGUAUGUUUAGGGGUGGUUGAGGGAUGGAUGGAUGAAUGGGGUUCCCAAGCCCCUUUAGAAACUGGGGUCUUAUGCAUCUUCCCAGAAGACCAAGAGAGUCUCCAAGCCCUCACCUUGGGAGCUCCAGCCAGGAACUAGUCAAGUCAGGGGAAUGACCUCUUGACCUGACUAGUUUUUCUCCUUCAGCUCAUUCCCAGGGUGCCUCUCUCUCCAUCUCACCCAGGGUGAGAGAGACUAAUGAGCAAGAUUGAGACACAUGGCCCCCACCUGUCUCUGAGUGGGAAAGGCAAGUGCGAGAGAUAAAGGCCUCCAAGAGAAAAAAAGAAACAAACCAAAGAUUUAACCAUUUAAAAAAGAAAAAAAAAAAAAAAAAAAAAAAUAAAAAAAUAAAAAAUAAAAAAACAAAAACCCAAAAACAAACAAAUAAAAAACAAUAAAAAAAAAAGAAAACAAAAACAAAAAUCCCACAAAAACUUCAAGCCGUGGUUCUUUUGUGCGGUUUAAACUUUGACCUCAGCAGUCUCCAAAGCAAGACGACGAUGACAAAGGCUUCGAGAAAAAAAGAAAAAAUAAUGUAUAUUUUUAAGUAUUUGUCCUUGGUGUUGGCUCCUUCCUAAACAAGCAAAAAGGAGCAAAGAAAAAAAAUCCAGAAAAGUGUUGCUGGGACGGAGACGACUACUUACUUUGUCUGUGAUCCCCUAUUCCCCUGCCCCCCCUUUCCUCUAGCCCUGCUGCCCUUCCCCCAAACUGUCCUCUAAGCCCAGGGGCUCAAUAUUUAUUUAUUUAUGUAAUUGCAGGGUGACAGGGGCUUCUGAACAGAGGGCCUUUGGAUUAUAGCUGGGGAGUAGGGGCAGAAGGGCAGACAUCUUUGGGGCUGAAGAGGAGGCCUAGUCUUUGGUCACCUCCUCUGGCCCCUGACUGCCAUCAGUCACCUGCCAAGGCCAUACACUAGGGCAGUGACCACUUUGCCUAGUAAAGAUCUGACUGGCUCCACCUUUUUGGGUGUGGCUGUCCCUCACCUACUCACUUGAAUGUCCAGGUGGAGGAGACAGGAGUGGGGAGCCUUGGUAAGUAGUGGGCCAGGAAGUGGGCCCUGGAGACCCACCAGGCCCAUCAAGGUCGCUCCCCUUUUGGUUGUCUGACCCACCCGUGUUGGCAGCCCCUUUCCUCCCUCAGAUCCCUUCCCUGUCUCUUCUUGUGGUAGCGGGUUAGUGUUUCAGUGUUUUUAACUUCAAUCUGCUUGUUCAUUGUACAAUGUGCUUCUUUUAAAGGCCCCGUUUUUGUAACUUGUGUCAUUCAUCUGAACAACAAACAUCAAAAAAUAAAAAAUUAAAAAUUGUACAGAGAGAAAUGA